AAUGCAUAAUAAGUAUUGGUUUAUUUAAUAGACUAAAAUUACAAAACGUACUAACUUAUUUUUGGUUUCAUUCAAAUAUGGUUAAUGUUGAAUAUAAAGCUAUCUGGAGUUUUAGGAUGAUUAUCUGGGUUUUUUUUUCUAUAUGGAUCCUCAAAACAGAAAGUGCAAAAUGGGAUGCCAGAUUUUCAGUGUAUACAAUAGGCUAUGGAAAAGCAGCUAUAAUGCGAUGUACCUUUACUGAUAAAUUUGAAGGUUUUUAUAGAUCAAAUAGAGAACCUAUUAUAUUAAAUUCCCGUGUUAAAGUAUUAGAUGGAGAUGCUUAUACAAAAAUACUUGAAAUUGAUAAUUUACAGGAGUCAGAUUAUGGCAAUUAUACAUGUACUGACUCAACUGGAUCUAAUACAGCUUUAUUAGAAAUAGAUGUCACAAUUCCGUCAAUAUUGUCUCCCCAAAAAUUUGUUUCUGGGUCUAAUGGUUUUAUUAAAGCACCAGUUUAUGGUAAACCAAGAUAUAAAAUAACAUGGACCUAUAUUUAUCCCUCUGGGGAUAAAUCAAUUUUAGCUACUCUAGACAAUGACGUUGCAGUAGCAGAUAAUGGUAAAUAUAGUGUUUCAACUGAUGGUUUAACAAUAAACAACAUACAAAAAGCUGACAGCGGAGAGUAUGAGGUAUCAUCAUUAACAAUUGGUUCUCGUGUUAGCCAAAAGGUUUUAGUUGAUGUUGGUGAGAAACCAACUUUAAAGUCAAAAGGUCCGACACUACUUAAUUCAACUGAGGGUUUGGAUCUUUUUAUUCCUUGUCUAUGGAAUGAACCAGUCAGUAAUGAAACUUGGAAGUUUGAAAGUAUAUCUCCCAAAUUCAUUUCUGCAGUCAGUCCAAAAUUAUAUAAUGCAUCUGGGCUUUUUUUAAGCAAUCUAUCAACUUCUAAUGAAGGCAACUAUACUUGUUUAGCAUCUAAUUCUUAUGGAGAAAGUUCUUUCACAGUAUUUUUAUCAAAAGUAUUAUCUAUUCCAAUAAUAAGAGCAGAUUCUUUUAAUAAUGUUGAAACUUUGCCACUAAAAUCAUUUGUUAUAAGUUGUGCAAGUUAUGGAUCGCCUCCACCUGACAUUGCAAUCAUAAAGCUUCAACCUUCUGCAACCAUCUUGAAGUCAGGAAUUGGAAUUGUAAACUACACAACUCCACUUGAUGAAGCAAAUAGUGGUGAUUACUUGUGUGAAGCUCAGAAUGGAGCUAAAAGCUCUGAUGGCUCUGUGGUUGUAGCUAAAAAAAAGAUGACUGUAGAUAUACUAUCUCCUCCAUAUAUUGUUAAGAAUUUAUCUACAACUAUAGCUGUUUCCGCUGUUGGUCUUGACUUAAAGUUUGAUUGUGUUGCAACUGGAAAUCCGAUUCCAUCUAUUACAUUUGAGCAUACUGCAUUUCAUCAAAUUCCAAUCAUAACAAGGGCAAAUACAACUAAUAUCUCCUCAAUAUCAAUGGUUAUUAAAAAUGUCACAAAGGAAGAUUUUUUACUUGUUAAUUGCAAAGCAAAAAACAAUAUUGGGUUUGCUGAACAUGAAAUACAAUCAAAAGAAGUUUUAAAACCCCCUACCCCAGAAGGUUUAAAAAUAUCUGGACUUGCUGGAUUGGAGUACAUAGACCUGCAAUGGAAAUCUGUAGUUACAGCAGAUAAAUAUAUCAUAUAUGUUAAUGAUACAUUGCAAAUACUUGAAUCAUACAGCAAUUAUGUUACUGUAAACAAUUUAAAUCGUAAUACUUAUUACAAUUUCAAAGUAGCAGCUCAAAAUAUUGCAGGGCUUGGAUUUACUUCAGAAUCUAUUGUACUUAAGACUUCUUCAAUUAUGAAGCCUGGAAUCCCCACUAAUAUUACUUCGGACCAGAGUAGUAGUAGUUCUGUUGUAAAAUGGAAACCUCCUCAAAAUGUAUUGAGAGAAAAAAGCAUUAUUAGCUACUCGGUGACAGUAUGCAAAUUCAAUAAUUUAACAGAUUUUGAAUCAGAUUGUAUACAGCUAGAUGAAACAAGAGAAACACAAAUGAUGCUUAACAAACUUAACAAAGCCACUACUUAUAAAGUAUCUAUAACUGCAUUAAACCAAGGUCUUAAAGGAGAAACAGCUGUUUUUAUUUUUCAAACAAAAGACGCUGAGCCCAAUGUAAAUUCUGCUCUCGGAAGAAUGUCACUUGAUUCAGGUUCUAUUGCAGGCAUUAUAAUAGCUGUUAUGAUGACAAUUCUUGUUGUAGUAGACAUUUUUUGUUGCUUUUUUAAUAAUUGUGGGUUUACACACUGUUGUUAUGAAGCAUUUUGCUCUUCAAAAUCAACUAAGUAUAUACCUUCUGAUGGUAAACGUAAUGAGGAAAAAGAACUAAAACCCGCUAAAGAGAAGUUAUUAGAAAAUGCAGUUUAAUUUUCAUAUCACUAAAGUAUUUAUUUGACAUAAUGCUUUUUCUUCGCUAGAUAUUUUUAAUUAUUUUUUUUUUCAAUGUAGAUUAUAUUUACUAAUAUAUUUUCCAAGUUUUUUGAAGGAUUUUAAGGUUCCUGUAUUUAUGUUUUGUAUAUUUUUUCAAUAGCAUUGUUCAAAAUUGUAAUCUUUAUUUUUUUUAUGAUGAAGUUGUAAUUGUCAUAUUUUUUUAAGUUUCUUUAUUUAUAAAAAAUCUCAAUUAGGUAAAAAAAAAAAUCUGUUUAUUUGUUUUAAUUCAAAAUAUAAUAUAGUUUUAUUUUUUUAUUUUAAAUUUUUUAUGUCUUUGUGUUCAGCUUUGAAUAGAAAUAACGAAUUUCUUGCGUUUGACUUAUUUCAAUCAUAAAACAGAGUUUUUAAAAAAGCAAAAAUAUUUUUAGAUUUAAAAAAUGUUUUUAAAUUAUUGUAUUGAUGAUAAUCUUUGAAAUGUUUAAAUGUUAUCAUAUUCUCAGUUAUUUGGUGUUCAUUUAUCACUUAUUUGAGUCAAUGAUUUGAAAAUCCAAAUCCUAUCUAAACCGUGAAAAAGUGAAAAUUGGUUGAAUAUUUAAAAAAAUAUUUAUAUAAAAAUGAAUUAAAAUAAAAAGUUUCACAAAAAUAUGUUUUUUUAAAUCACUUGGUAAGUAUCUAGGCAGAUUAUCACUUUUAUCGCACAAGGAAAUUUUAUUCCGAACAGAAACGACAAGAUAACAGUUUAAGCAUGCACACUUUGUCCCAUGCUUGAAUGUUUUUCUUUUCCCUUCCAUUUCGAGAAAAGUUUCGCUAAGUUCAACUUUUUCUUGUGAUGCCACAAGGAAAUUAGUAGACAGACUUAUCAAAUCGCUUAAAGAAGAAAUUAAAAGCAUGUAUUUUUCUAAGUAGCUUAUUACCAAUAUAUUUGUAAAUGUAAAUGUUUUUGAAAGCGAUUUAACAUAUUAACUUUGAAACAUUUCCUAUUGCAUUUUAUUAUAGUAUAAUAUAGUAAUAUAUAACAGAUUUACAUAAUUAGUAGUAAUAUAAUAGUAUAUAAUAUGUCAUAUUCAGUAUAUACUAUAUAAAGCCAAUAAACUAAAUUAUGGAAACUGAAGCUAAAUCAGAAAUUUAAAAUAGAGAAAAUGAGAAUCCAACAAUUGUUUCAUAGAAAAGCCGCAUCUCCAACGAAUGCAUAAAAAAGAAAGGCCGCAUCUCCAACGAAUGCAUAAGGGUAUUUAAGAUAACAGCUUGAAUAAACCUUUCCUUGGAGAACGAUGAAAAUACAUUAGAAGAAAUUGUGAGAAUAAAUAUAAAGAAAUUUCGUCUGCGCGCAAUUUUUUCUCAAACUUUUUUUAUAAGAUUGAUUAAUGAAAUAAAAGCAUAAAGACGAGAACGACAGAAGCAAGAAGAAGACAAAAAAAAAUUGU